GCUAUGGUAUGGUAUGUACUGUAGGCUACUGUAUGGUAUGUUAUGUAGGCUACGGUAUGUUAUGUAGGCUACUGUAUGGUAUGAUAUGUACUGUAGGCUACUGUUUGUUAUGUAGGCUACGGUUUGUUAUGUACUGUAGGCUACUGUUUGUUAUGUAGGCUACGGUUUGUUAUGUACUGUAGGCUACGGUAUGUUAUGUAGACUACGGUAUGUUAUGUAGGCUACGGUAUGUUAUGAUAUGUACUGUAGGCUACUGUUUGUUAUGUAGGCUACGGUUUGUUAUGUACUGUAGGCUACGGUAUGUUAUGUAGACUACGGUAUGUUAUGUAGGCUACGGUAUGUUAUGUACUGUAGGCUACGGUAUGUUAUGUAGACUACGGUAUGUUAUGUACUGUAGGCUACGGUAUGUUAUGUAGGCUACGGUAUGAGGCAUAAAGAUACUGAACUGAACAUCAUUCCACGAAACCAAUAUGCAACAUGAAGUUAUUAACAACUAUGGGUAUAGAUAGAUAAAGCAGAUUAACAGGAAGUAAUACACAAUGUGCUCUUCUUAAAUGGACAGGAAUGUUAUGAAUGUUUCAGAUUUAUACUGUUGAUUAGAUGGGCUUUGAGAAAUACAUCUCAUGAACUGAAUAAAUAUUGGUAUUUUAUUAGGAUCCCCAUUAGCUGUUGUGAAAGCAGUAGUUACUCUACAUGGGGUCCACAUGAAACAUGAGAUGAUACAGACUUUUUUUGAAACCAGGUUUGCUGUUCAUUUGAGCAAUAUGAGAUGGAAGGGAGUUUGAUGUAAUAACAGCUAUAUAUAAUACUGUAUGUGUUCUGGAUUUGGGGUAUUGUGAAAAGCAGGUAGCCCUGUUUGAUAAGAAUACAUGUGUUAGUCAUGUUCUAUGUCUAUUUUGAGUUAAAAGAUAUGUCUAGGUAAUAAAAGUUUAACCUUGUCUAAAAUAAAACCAGAAUCGUUUUCAAUAAUUGACAGACAUCGUGGCUGAGUAACAGGUAGCCUGAACAGCCGCUAGGUGGCGCUAUUUGCCUUUAUUUUUAUGGUCUUACCGACCACUAUCAGCUGUUCAGGCUAAUCACAGGCUGACACUCAUAUCAGUUUCAGUACUGUUUUCAGGCGAAUCGAAAACUAAAUUGUCUACAGGACACUACAGAGAAAUAUUAAUGGCGUCUUUUUGUAGGCACUAACUCUGGCAUGGUUCUUUGGACAGAUCCUAUGGAGAAAAUGAAUGGCGCUUUUGGAUAAACGACGAAAAUAAGUUGGUAACUAUGUCCUGCGACAACCAGCAAGGAGACCAGUCGGCCUUGAAGAAGAGAAUAUGUGACUUUUUAAAGGUGAUGAAACAAGGAUCCACUGCCCUCCAGAUAGCUAAGGCUGUUGGACUGAAGAAGGCCAAGGAUGUAAACAGUGUCCUGUACGCUUUAAACAGAGCUGGACUUCUUUAUGCAACCACAGACAAACCACCAGUCUGGUCUGUGGAGAAACCAGGGGCGGCGUCAGUCUCUGUGAGUGUUCCAGAGUCAGAUCGGGUGCCUAGUCCUUCUGAGACCCCUGGCAUCACAGUGGAGGAGCUGAGGAGGGUGCUGACGUCAAAGAGUGAUGGAAGAGGAAUGAGUGUGCCACAAUUUUCCAGAGAAUUGGGCCAAUCACGAAAAUUAGUAACUAUGUCCUGCGACAACCAGCAAGGAGACCAGUCGGCCUUGAAGAAGAGAAUAUGUGACUUUUUAAAGGUGAAGAAACAAGGAUCCACUGCCCUCCAGAUAGCUAAGGCUGUUGGACUGAAGAAGGCCAAGGAUGUAAACAGUGUCCUGUACGCUUUAAACAAAGCUGGACUUCUUUAUGCAACCACAGACAAACCACCAGUCUGGUCUGUGGAGAAACCAGGGGCGGCGUCAGUCUCUGUGAGUGUUCCAGAGUCAGAUCGGGUGCCUAGUCCUUCUGAGACCCCUGGCAUCACAGUGGAGGAGCUGACGAGGGUGCUGACGUCAAAGAGUGAUGGAAGAGGAAUGAGUGCGCAAGAAAUUGCCAGAGAAUUGGGCCAAACACGAAAAUUUGUGAAUAAGCAUCUUUAUGACCUGCAAAGUAGCGGCAAGGCAGAAAAAUUGGGAGAGAAAAUGUGGAAAAUGAAAUUAAAUACCAGAGUUAUGAUCAAGAUAUUUCCAUCACACCAAGUAGACCGCUCUUUAUUAAAUCAAACUGUUCCUAGAUGACCCAGAGGACUACCUGACCCAGAGGACUACGAUCUCAUUCUCCUCUGAAGAAAUUGAGAAAAAUGCAUAUUACCUCACAAGCUACCCUCACUAUUAAAACAUUCACCAUAGUCUACCCUCACUAUUAAAACAUUCACCAUAGUCUACCCUCACUAUUAAAACAUUCACCAUAGUCUACCCUCACUAUUAAAACAUUUACCAUAGUCUACCCUCACUAUUAAAACAUUCACCAUGGUCUACCCUCACUAUUAAAACAUUUACCAUAGUCUACCCUCACAACACAUAUUGGAUGGAAACACAUACGCUGUGAAGAUUGUGAAGAAUAUGGGGUAAGACCAGAGGAGAACGACGGCCCCCUCUCAUUGAAGCCACGAAGUUCAAGGCCGACCAUGGUACUGCAGCAGGAAAACAGGCUCUCCGUUAUAGUCAAAUCAAAUGGUACUGCAGGCAUUUAUAGCAUUUAAACAGGAUCCCAAUUAUAGUGAAUGGAAAAAUGGCAAUCUGGAAAACCUUGAAAAAAACAUUUUAUAAAUCAAAGACAAUUAUGUUUACCAAAAGUUGCUUCUAAUACACCAGAUGUCCUUGAACCGAUUUAUUUUCAAAUAACACAGAAGAAGUUAUAUGGUUAGUUCAGUUGCAAAUGGCAGCCUGCAGUACCUCGGUCGGCCUUCAACAUGAUUUACUCAAUGAGAGGGGGCAGCACUGAGCCAGCCUGCAUGUUAUGUCUAAUGGCAGCCUGCAGUACCUCGGUCGGCCUUCAACAUGAUUUACUCAAUGAGAGGGGGCAGCACUGAGCCAGCCUGCAUGUUAUGUCUAAUGGCAGCCUGCAGUACCUCGGUCGGCCUUCAACAUGAUUUACUCAAUGAGAGGGAGCAGCACUGAGCUAGCCUGCAACAUCACUUCCAGGAGUAGCUCAAAGUACUCAUGUUAUGAAUCCAUGAGACGCAAUCUUAACCGACUUCAUUUGGCUUCAAUGCGUCAUUGAGUUUUCACAUAGGAAUGAAUGGUGUCACGUGAUCAAUGGCUUUGUCCAUUCAUAUAUACAGUCAUUGGCUAAGACAUUACUGUCCCCAUUCUGUUCCCCCUAAACGUGAAUAGUGUGUAUCCAUCCCUCUUACCUUGUGUGUCUUCUGUAUGCUAUAGUUGAUGCUAAUUAGCAACUAUCAGCUGUUUAUUUACAUGUUGUAAUUAUGAUCCUUUCUCUUACAGAGAAGCAAAUCGUGAAGUGAAAGCACUGGCUACCUUGGAACAUUCGAACAUUGUUCGCUACUAUACGACUUGGCCUGAGGAUGCCAAUUGGGUCGAUGGGGGCCACAGCACAGA